UCCUCGGUGGAGAUUCAUUUAACUCCGUACGCGGGUGCAUUGGGCAUUGAGACUCAAUCUGAGCGCAUUGUAGUCAAUUAAAAUCGUUUUUGUAUUCCAACAUCCUGUGAUCUUUUAUUCGCUGGAGCAAAGAAAAAAAAGUCAAAGGACGUCAUGUCGCUUUGGCAGAGCUGCUGGAAGCGGAUGAAUAGAAAGAUUUUUGUGUAUAUCGUGAGUCUGAUUCUACCUUUCGCGCUAUUGCCCUUGGCAUUGUCUACUGAUAAGGAAUCAAAAUGUACUUUCGUUAUGGUGAUAGUUGCUGCAUAUUGGUUACUAGAACCAGUUCCGAUAGCAGCAACCUCUUUACUUCCUAUAGUCCUGUUUCCAAUAUUAGGCGUAGUCAGCUCAUCGGAGAUCUGCAAGAACUACAUGAAAGAAUCCUUCAUGAUGUUCGUUGGAGGUCUGAUAGUGGCCAUAGCUGUAGAAGAUUGCAAGUUACAUGAAAGAAUCGCGCUGAAAGUUCUUUUGCUGAUAGGGUCAGAAAUAAAGUGGCUUAUGAUGGGCUUUAUGAUAACAACCAUGCUCCUAUCUAUGUGGAUAAGUAAUACAGCAACAACGGCCAUGAUGGUUCCAAUAGUGGAUGCUGUGAUUGGGAAGAUAACAAUGACCACAAACUGCAAUGACAUUGAACUUGAAGAAAACAAUUCUCUUACAGAAAGUAAGCAAGUUUGUAAUACUGAAGAUAAUGGAAAAUCUAGUACUAAAAAAGUUCUGGAAGCCAGAAGCUCUACUCUGAAGGUGGCAUGCCUUCUUAGUGUUUGUUAUGCAGCUAAUAUUGGUGGCACUGGAACACUCACUGGAACAGGACCAAACUUAGUGCUUAAAGGGAUGCUGGAAGAACUUCACCCAGAGAGUACAGAUAUAACUUUCGCAACCUGGAUGAUGUACAAUGUACCCGGAAUGAUUCUGUGCGUUCUCAUUGGUUGGUUCUAUCUUUGGCUGGUGUACGUUCGUUGUUCGAAUAUAGACCACAAUAUUGAAUCAAAAGAGAGGAUUCAUGAAAUAAUUUCAAAAAGAUAUAUUCGACUUGGACGUUUGUCGUCUCAUGAGGCUUCUGUGAUAGUAUUGUUCCUGAUUUUAGUGUUUUUAUGGGUAUUUCGGGAUCCCAAGUUUAUUCCUGGCUGGGCGAGUAUCUUUGGUUCGGACACGAAAAUUGGAGAUUCAGCCCCUGCCAUUGCUGUUUCUUUUCUACUGUUCUACUUGCCUUCGAAUCUUCGUGAUCUGAACAGCCGACCUUUACUGGAGUGGAAGACAGCUCAAGCAAAACUGCCCUGGGGUGUUCUUUUAUUGUUAGGAGGAGGUUUUGCUUUGGCACAUGGAGCACAGGAAUCUGGGCUAUCUGAACUAUUAGGAGAGAAACUGUCAUCUCUGAACGUUCUGCCCCCUGGUGCUGUUGUUGCCAUUAUUUGCUUCAUGACAGCUAUGAUUACGGAAAUCGCAUCGAACACCACAGCAGCUACUAUUCUACUGCCUGUCCUCAAUCAAAUGGCCAUAUCCAUUGGUGUGAAUCCCCUGUGCCUGAUGCUGCCAGUUUCUAUCGUGUGCUCCUAUGCUUUCAUGUUGCCUGUUGCCACGCCUCCAAAUGCCAUAGCUUUCGAGAAUGGAAACAUGAGAACAAUAGAUAUGGCGAAACCAGGGCUUGUUAUGAAUUUAGUGUGCUGUGGUGUUCAACUGUUCAUGGUCAACACACUAGGAGUAGCCAUGUUCGACUUAAACACAUUCCCAAGUUGGGCCAAACACAGUUUGCAUCAAAACAUGACAAGUCGAAACAUUUCUGAUCUUGGAAAUAUUAUUGCCAAUGCGUCCCAAUAUAUGAAUGAGACUCUGUUAACUUAAAAUUCUGAAAGAUAUCAACAUUAGGAAAUGGUGUCUGUCUUAAUUUUGAAACAAUUAUUGCAGACACAUGCUGGCGUUGAAAUUUGAACUCUGAAAAAUUUAUUCAUCUAGAAUUUUUUCUAUGUGAAAAGACGGAGAACUGUAACGGAAGAAUAGAUUAUAGAUGAAGCUAAAAACGGAUUAAAGUGACAGCACAUAGAACACAAGAAAUGACCAUUUUGCCGACGAAUGAUGUAACAGGAGAUUCUAAGCUUUAUGAUUAUAACAAAAACAUCAUAAAAUUAGAUAAUUUAGCAAUAAAUAAUUUUAAUCAUUAAACAUUUUUUACUACUCAAAUUUAUUCUAAUAUAAUGGGUAUCUACUCUACUGUUGUUUAAUAGUUCGUUACUUAACCGUUAGAUCUAGACAUAUAUGACCAGUUGGAAAAAAAGCUUCAAAUGUUAUUUUUUUUUCAAUCAAUAAAUAAACUGCUAAAAAGACAAAUUUUUAUAUAAUUAUCAGGGUCUAAUGAGCCAUAUUUGAUUUUUUUUUAAAUGACGAAACUCUAAUAUUUGACAUAAAACGGCCCCAUUCUUCUGUGAGCAAAUAUUGAUUUAUAAAGCUUUAAAUCAAUAUUGACGGCAGAAAUUUUUUUUUUUAUUCUAGACCAAUCAACUGCUGGGUUCAUUGAUUGGGUGAUAUUUCUUGAGACAAACGCUGAAAAAUUUUAAGUAUCUGAGAUAUUUUAUUAAUUAUGACUAAUAGCACAAGGAGAUUGAUAAAAAAUAUAGAUAAAUUGAUUGAAAAAGGGUAAAAUGUAAUUCUUUACUCUAACUAGAAAUUUAUGCAUAUUUGUAAUGGUUUUGAAAUUAACUAAUGGGUUGUGAUUAGAGUAAUACCUGUAUUAUGUACAUAUUUAUAUAUGCAGAAUCAGUUAACUAAGCGUAAUGAUAUAAAAGUGAAAGUAUUUUAAUUUUGUCAAGUUAAAUUGUCUUUACUAAUUCAUGUUUUAUGAGAAUUGCAUAUAUCACAUUAUAACUUAAUUUAUAUUUUUAUUGACAUGACAAGAAUUCGUUUUAAGAAUAAUUCUGUGUAAAUAUUUAUAUAUGAUAAUUUAUGUAAACUUUGAAAAUUUAUAUUCCAACCUUUUCAUUUU